AUGCCCACGCCCGUCAAGACCCGCUUCUCGGAUACCGAGGACAUAUUGAUCUUGCGGGAGGUCAACGCCAGACUCCCAUUCAAUGCAAAAAGAGGUUCCGUCAUGCUGGCGUGGAACGCUGUGGCCGACGCUGUGUCGACGAACCACGACUUUGCUUGGCCUGGCUUCGACGGCAAACGAGCCCUGAACAGAUUCACUCUGCUGAUGGAAGGCCACUGUGCGAACAACGACGUGUCGGCACGUGCAUCAGGGAUCGAUGAAGACCACGACGAGAAGACCCAGCUGUUGGACGAGUUGUUGGCGGUGUAUGAAGACUCCAAGGCACAAGACAAAGCGCGCCUUGUUGCAGCCCAAGAAGAAGCCGAUCGCAUCGAGAAUAUGGGCGCUACCAUACGCGAGGAGGCACUCCAGUCGUUGGGCAAACAGAAGGCGGGACCGACAGAUCCUGAUGGUUCCAGCGCUGGUGGCGGUGGUGGUUGCAGUGUCGUCAUGAAGAUGAUGAAAAUGAUGCAAGAUGACAGCGCUGCUGACCUCACGUUCCGACAGCAUCAGUACGAAACGGAUCGGAAGGAGCGGGAAGCUGUGCGUGCCAUUGACAUGACACCUUAG